CUGACAUGGACAAUCUAUAACGCACAAGCAGCAGGCAGCUACUCCGCUCCAAUGGUCCUCUUCACGUCUGCUGCGCCAGGCAAGAAAGCCGCGCCGAAAGCAGCUCCGCGACGCAGACCGCAACCGCAACCGCAACCAGCCCUUCCAGCGCAGCAGCAAUCCACUCCUGCUCCGACUCCCAGCGAUGCGCCUGGCGUGGUGCUGCCCUCCAGCAGCAGCAGCAUCAUUGAUGUGCCGCCUUCUGAGCAGGCAGAGCAGCCAGUGCUGCAAACCCAGCCUGAGGGAGCAGUCGAGCGGGCGCAGACCCUAUCAGUUCCCGAAGUAGCGAUCCAGGCUGUCGCUGCGCCGACACCUACGCCUGUAGUCUUGCAAUCGCCUCCCCCAACGCCUAUCGCACUCUCGGGAGCUGAGCCUGUGGCUGCAGCAGCAGUGGAGGCAGCGCAACCGACCCCACCGCCGACCCAAGCGCAGAGUGCACCCAGAGCGUCAGAUGACACCGCGAGUACAGCAGUAGGGUCACAAUCUGCGUCACAUGAGUUGAGCACUGAAGCCUCCGUCGCCGGCGCGGAGCAACGCUUUGAGGACUACUACGUAGCUCAAGGUCCUGGUGCCGAAAGUGCAGAACCAGAAACACAAGCAGCACCUGUAGAGCCCCUUCAAACGAGGAAGUCAAAAUCGACUCGGCGUGUAAGUGCAGCACAAGUACCUGAAUCAGCAUCUAGUCAAGUGCCCAAAGCGAACGCUGCCACGAAGCGCAGAGCACGCGCCGCGCCAGCGAGCACAUCUGAUGCACCACGACCAGCGAAACGAAGUAGGCGUGCUGAACUGACCGAACCUUCCACAACUUCCUCUGUGGAGCAUCAAGAUUCCAGCACGGUUUCCGAACCAGAGGCAGCUCAGGAUGGGGAUACUGGUGCCGCGCACGGCGACGAGACCCCAGCUCGUAGUCGGCGCAAGCAGCCCUCUCGACGGACGGCGCCGGGAAAAACAAAAGCAACAGUGGAAAGGGGCCAGAAAGCAGGGAAAAGACGAAAAGCUCCUACAAAAAGCUCGGAAAUGAUUGUGGACUCAGACGACGAGAAUGAAGUUACGGACACUGUAGCUACGCCAACUUCGGAGCAGGAGCAGGAGCAGGAGCAGGAGCAGGAGCAGGAGGAGCAGGAGGAUCCAGAAUCGGCCGCAGAAGUGGAGGAAGGACGAGCAGCUCGUCAAAGGCAGAAGAGGGUCAGAACAGAACCAAAGCCGAAGAAGCCGAAAUUACGGAAGCGAAGAAUACGCCGGUCUCCUGUAGAAGGCGAGGAAGAGGAGCGAGAAGAAGACAGUGGAUCUGACCCGGAGCUUCAUGAGAUCGACCCCAAUGCUGUGUCCAUGUGGGAUCUUAGUCACGACGCGUUCCACGGUAAAAUGUCGGAACGAGGCAAGGCGAUGGAGGUCAUAGAUUGGGAGGCCGAGAAGGCAAAGCGGCGUGCAGCGGCGGACCUGAUCGCGAGUGGAGGACAACCGGCCGCUGCUGAAGGCGCUACUGACGGCACAGCAGAGGGUGUAGUGCCGUCUACUGAGGGACCAAAUGGUACCGCUGUUCCAGCAGCAGAAAACGCAGAGGGGACCGAGCAGACCGAUCAGAUAGGUGCAGCGCCGGACCCUCCUGCUCCUGAACCACAAGCUGCCGAGGCAGAACUUGCUCCUGCUGGGGAUGACGAGGGCGAUGGCAUCGGCUUCAUAGUGGACGACGACGGCAACAUUAUCGAAGAUCCUACGACGCUCGUGGUCAAUAGGCAAGCAGAAGCCAUGGCUGCUGCAGCCGCUGAUCGUCCCGUGGAGGAGAUCAAUGACCUGACAACACUCAACAACCGAACCACCUGGAUCAACACAAAUCGCCGCGAGCCCACAGAUCGAGUGCCACUCUGGAAGUGGAAGAGUGAUCCAUGGUCAGAGGAGCAGACUGACGAGUUUUACGAUGCGCUGCGAAUGUUUGGUACCGAUUUUCUCAUCAUAAGCAAGAUGUUCCCUCCGAAAACCAGACGCAUGAUUAAGGCCAAGUUUACGCGAGAAGAGAAGCUGGACCCGCAACGAAUCAAUAGAGCGUUGAAUGGCGAAGAGACUCGCAAGCUGGAUCUAGACUAUUACGCGCAGAAGACGGCUCGCGACAUUUCCGUGUUCACCAAGUAUGAUAGCCUGAAGGACGCGCAAGAUAAGAUUGGCGAUGAGAUGAAAGAGCGACACGCCGAGCUGGCUACUGCUGCAGCCCAAGAGGAACAGCGCGAAGCCGAGAAGCGCAUACAAGAGACUCUGCAAAAGUCGAAACAGGUCAAGAAGGCUCGCAAAGGCAAGAAGGGCGUGGGUGGCUUUGGUGGUUUCGGUGGGGGAGGAGGUCCAGAUGCUGGCGACUGAAGGGCAUGCGAAUGAAUAUACACCCGUUCCGUCGGCUAACUCGGCAGACCUCAAUAAAAUAAUAACAC